AUGUCGACCGAAACUGCUCCGAACAAACGAAUCAUCCUGGGUUUGAUGACCCUGGGACCAGACACCACACACGGCGCCCGAAUCACCUCCCUCGACCAAUUCUCCCAGUCCCUCGACAUAUUCCAACAGAAAGGCUACACAGAGCUCGACACUGCGCGUCUCUACGACGGCGGCCGUCAAGAGUCCUUCACCCGGCAGGCCCGCUGGAAAGAGCGCAGCCUUUCAAUUGCAACGAAAUGGUACCCAAUUGGUCCUGGAACGCACAAAGCUGAGGUGCUCGAAGCGAAGCUGAACGAAUCUCUCCGUGAAUUGGGCACGGACUGCUUGGAUAUUUUCUACCUGCAUGGUCCUGACCGGACGACGCCAUAUGCUGAGACACUUGAAGUUCUAGAUACUCUCCACCGCCAGGGGAAAUUCAAGAAGUUAGGGCUGAGCAAUUUCUCUGCUUUUGAGGUUGCUGAAAUUGCUACGCUUGCGAGUGAGCGGAGGUGGGUGAGGCCCAGUGUGUACCAGGCUGUGUAUAAUGCGAUAACCCGUGGAAUCGAAGACGAGCUCAUCCCCGCCUGUCGCCGCUACGGAAUCGACAUUGUCAUCUUCAACCCUCUGGCCGGCGGCUUUCUAUCUGGAAAGUACAAAUCAACCGACGUUCCAGCUGAGGGGCGAUUCAGCAACAACCACCAGCUCCAAGGCAAGAUGUAUCGGGAUCGAUAUUUCAAAUCGAGUAUCUUCCAGGCAUUGCAGACUUUGGAGCCUGUAGCCCACCAGCACGGACUCUCAAUGGUUGAAGUAGCGCUUCGGUGGUGUGUGCAUCAUUCGGCGCUGAAAUUACUCAAUGGUACAGAUGGGGUUAUUGUUGGGUUUAGCAGUGUGGAUCAGCUAAAGGGGAAUUUGGAUGAUCUGGAUAAGGGUCCUUUGCCGGGUGAUGUUGUUGAGGCUUUAGACCAGGCCUGGCAUGUGGUGAAAGCUGACGCGGCCAAAUUCUGGCAUGGGGAUCUGGUUUACGCGUAUGACACAUAG